UGCCCUCGCCGUGCCCUUGCCCAGUGGACCUCACACUGAGGGGCCUGCUGUCCCAAGUGCUGCUGGGGCAACCCUGCCAGAGUGGGCGGAGGAGCAGGGAGGGACCGGGGAAGGAGGUGCUGAGCAGCACAUGCAGCAGCAGUAUCUUGACCUAGAGCUUGACCGCAUGCUCUUGCUGCCACCACACUAG